CCAGCCGCGGCGGAGCGGCCCUUGACCAUGGUGGCCCCGGGGCGGGCGCGGAAGCUGGCGCGGCGCUACCGGCUGGCGGUGGCCGCGGCUCUCGCCAUCCUCCUGCUGCAGGGGCUCGUCCUCUGGACCUCCGCAGGCCUCGACGAGGAGGGACCGGGAGAGGAGCGGCAGAAGAAAGCCGGCUUUCCUGAGAGCAGCGACGGCUCCAAGGACUCGGACAGCUCGGCAGGGCGCCGGGGCAGUGCCGGCAGGAAGCACGGGCGGUGGCGGGCCCGGCCGGACAGCCCCGGCGCGCUGGUGUCCAAGGUGGUGAGAGCUGUCACGGCCAGACACAAGCUGGGCUGGAGGCUGCCGGGAGCACCGGACUCAUCCAGGCGCAGGAACCUGACGGAGCUGCGCGGGGAAGCCCAGCUGGCUGUGUUCCAGCAGGGAGACACGGGCAGCGUGGAAGGGGCUCCGCAGCCCACCGAGAACAGCUUCACCCCCAAGUGUGAAAUCACGGGUAAAGAUGCCCUCUCGGCGCUGGCGCGGGCCAGCAGCAAGCAGUGCCAACAGGAGAUCGCCAACGUGGUGUGUCUGCACCGGGCCGGCAGCCUCAUGCCCCAGGCUGUGCCUCGCCACUGCCAGCUCUCAGGCAAGGUCAGCCCUGUCAUCCAGUGGGACGAGAGCCGGCUGCAGCAGCUGCCCCCCAGCAAGCCUGUGCGCAUUGCCUACAUGCUGGUUGUGCACGGCAGGGCCAUUCGCCAGCUGAAGCGGCUCAUCAAGGCUGUGUACCACCAGCAGCACUUCUUUUACAUCCAUGUCGACAAGCGCUCCAACUAUCUGCAUCGCGAGGCAGUGGAGCUGGCCCGGCACUAUCCCAACAUCCGUGUGACACCCUGGCGCAUGGUGACCAUCUGGGGAGGUGCCAGCCUGCUCAAGAUGUACCUGCGGAGCAUGAAGGACCUGCUGGAACUGCCCGAGUGGCCAUGGGACUUCUUCAUCAACCUCAGUGCCACUGACUACCCCACGAGGACCAACGAGGAGCUGGUGAUGUUCCUGUCCAAAUACCGAGAUAAAAACUUCCUCAAGUCUCAUGGCCGAGACAACGCCAGGUUUAUCAAGAAGCAGGGCCUGGACCGCUUGUUCCACGAGUGUGAUUCCCACAUGUGGCGGUUGGGUGAGCGCCACAUCCCCGAGGGCAUCGUGGUGGAUGGAGGCUCCGACUGGUUCUCGCUGACGCGCAGCUUUGUGGAGUAUGUGGUCUAUGCCGAGGACCAGCUCGUGUCCCAGCUGCGCCAGUUCUACACCUACACCCUCCUGCCGGCCGAGUCCUUCUUCCACACGGUCCUGGAGAACAGUCAUGCCUGUGAGACCCUGGUCGAUAACAACCUCCGAGUGACCAACUGGAACCGGAAGCUGGGCUGUAAGUGCCAAUAUAAACACAUAGUCGACUGGUGCGGGUGCUCCCCAAAUGACUUCAAACCCCAGGACUUCCUCCGGCUACAGCAACUCUCCAGACCCACCUUCUUUGCCCGCAAGUUUGAGUCAACGGUGAAUCAGGAGGUGCUGGAGAUCCUGGACACGCACCUCUAUGGCAGCUACCCCCCCAACACGCCGGCGCUGAAGGCGUACUGGGAGAACGUCUAUGACCGUGUUGAUGGGCUCAGUGGCCUCAGCGAUGUCACCCUCACCUUCUACACAGCCUUCUCCAGGCUGGGGCUCCACAAAGCUGCGUCCACACUGGCAGCAAAGGCUGACAAGCUCUGCAGAUUUGAACCCCGUGGCUUCCCAUCCAGCGUGCACUUAUAUUUCUAUGAUGACCGUUUCCAGGGUUACCUGGUGAUGCAGGAAGUGCAGAAUUUGGUAACGGGGCAGGCAGAGUCUCUGGAGGUGUGGAUGAUGCCCCAAGGAGCUCUGAAGCUGGCAGCCCAUGGAGGGCAGGCAAACCGCUUGCAAAACCUUGAGGUGGGCACAGAAUGGGAUCCCAAGGAAAGACUCUUCCGCAACUUUGGAGGCUUGAUGGGGCCUUUCGAUGAGCCGGUGGCCAUGCAGAAGUGGUCUCGGGGUCCCAACCUGACAGCCACAGUGGUGUGGAUCGAUCCCACCUACAUCAUUGCUGCUUCCUACGACAUCACGGUGGAUGCCGAGGCAGAGUUCACCCAGUACAAGCCCCCCCUCAACCGGCCCCUGCGCCCCGGUGUCUGGACCAUCCGUCUCCUGCAGUUCUGGGAGCCCCUGGGUGAGAGCCAGUUCCUGGUGGUGCCACAGACCUUCAACCGCAAGCAGCCUCUCAGGAAAGACGACAGUAACUGGCUGCAUGGCGGUCCCCCCCGCAACGAGUACAUGGAGCAGAGCUUCCAGGGCCUGGGGGGGAUCCUGAACCUGCCACGUUCUGAGGCAGUGGAGGAGGACGCGGUGCGGAAGGCGCAGCUGACAGGGAAGGCACUGGAGGACUGGGCUGACAGUGCCAUCAGCGCCUUCUGGUCCGUGACAGACGUCUGCGUGAGCAGCGCCUCUGCCUGCGCUGCCCUGGAGACCUGCAGCAAAACCUCCUGGAGCUCCCUCUCCCCGGACCCCAAAUCAGAACUGGGGCCCGUCAAACCUGAUGGGCGGCUGAGGUAGCAGGAACAGCCAAGGGGGCAGCCUUGGGAGCGAGGAGCAUCCUCCAUCACUGUCACUGGCAUGGGGGGCAUCCCCGGACUGCAUCGCCCUGUGCCAUCUGCACCAUAGGCGCUCGAGGAAGAGAGAAUGGGAACCCCUGGAUAGGGGAAAACCUUCUCCUGUGGGGGAUUUUGGGCAGAAGGAUGAGGUGAGGCUUGUCCACCUCCCCCAGGAAUGGGCUUUUGCUGGCUGGGGAGAGCAUGGAGAGCGCGACGGGCUGGCCAGGAGGUGGCUGGGAAGAGCUGUGCAUCUGUCCCUCCAGGCCUUGGAGCCUCGGGAAGUGCUGAUAGGGGAGCAAGGGAAGGCUGGUGGAUGUGCAGGCUCUGGACCAGCUCAGUACCCUCUGCAGGAUGAAGCUCUGUGCUACUCGAGGCAGGGCUGCCAUAGGGCUAUGGGGACAGGCAGAAGCAGAUGGGGUGAAGAGUGCCACGUACGUGGAGCUGCGGCUGGGCCAGGGCUUGCAUCUCACCCCUUCCACCCCAGCCCUUUAGUUUGUAUUUUUAUAAGUAUAUAUAGAGAGAAAUAUAUAUGAUGCAAAGUGCAAUAGAGACGAGACCCCGCGUUGGCCGGGAAGUCCUUGUGUCUCCACAUCCCCUCGGACUGUAACAUAUCUUGUUCUCUUGGGUGUCCUGGCACUACAGGACAGGGUGCUGGGUCGUUUACAUGAUUUUUUUACUAUUAAUGAUGAUGGUUAUUGUUUUGCUGUUUCCCUAUUUCCUGCUGGGUGCUGCUGGGACACCCAACUUGAUGCCCCUUGGGCAGGGUUGUGGGGUGCUGCCUGAUGGUGCCAAACAUCCGGAGCUGCUGGUGUGCGUCUUGUGAUGGUGGAGCACUCAGUUCAUGGUUACAGUCCCAAACGCUGCUGUAGGACCCUGCUGCCACCGUCUGCUUCAGCAAAGGGCCCGUCCCCUGCCAAAAUGCCACCCCUUGGGCUGAUUUCCUGCUGCGGAUGAGAGCUUGCUGUGCCUGGACCGCUGCCCUGUGCCACGGCCCUUUGGCCCAACCUCUUCUUUUCUCCUGGAUCAUCAGAAGCUCUCAGGACCUGCUGUGCUUCCCUGGCCAAAAAGCAAAGAGGCAUGACAAGGUCCAGAUGAAUCCAUCUGUGCUUUCUGCUUCUGCCUCCUUGGGGAAGGGGUGCAGUGGAGCAUCCCCUUUUCCUGCCAUCCUCCCAGGCGCAGGGACUGCCUGUGAUGUUCCUUUCUCCAAAACUGACUGUGUGGAGGAGCCUGGGCUUGGUUUUCACCCUGGGAAGAAACUUCACCUCUCACCUGCAGCCUGGGAAGGGGAAUUGCUUGCUGCGUGGGACAAGCAGGAGCCUGCUGGGCCCAACCACUGUGCUCCAGGCAGUGCCAGCAGCUCCGUGCCUCGGCCAGUCAUAUUUUGCCAUCUCCAAAGAUCCGGUGCCAUCCUCCACCCUCUACCAGGGCCCGGCUUCCCCUUGCUGGGGCUCACACUCCCUGUCUCCCCAGUUCAAGGAUGCUGGUGCUGCAUGAGACGCAUUGUCAAACAGGACGGAGACCUUGACAGCAAGGGCAGGUACCUGCCGGUGAAGGGCUCGGUAGGGGGGAGAUGCCAAAACUCUGUUGGAAGCGUUGUGUAAAGUUGUCUUAAAUAUGCAACAUCUCCACAAAUAUAUCUCUGCCUCUA